AUGGAUGUAUACCAAAUAGAGCUGGAGGCACAGUCGCAAAUUCGUUCCCAACUGCUGAUCGAUACGGCGGUUAAGAACCUGGGGCAAACGACACGCCCACAGCAGCAGGCGGAGCAGCAGCAGCAGCUAGACGACUGCAAUAUUGCUGAUUUGGAAGCGGACGUAGCGCAGCAGCAGCUAGAAGACUCAGAGUCGGAGGAGGACGACAACGAAGACGAAGAUAUUGAUGCGGAGGAGGACGAGGCAUUGCCGGAAGUUAGCUUUGAUGCAAAUUCGGAUUUCAAUUUGCAUUUCUUUGAUACACCCGAAGAUUCGUCUACACAGGGCGCCUACAGCGAAGCGGGCAGCUUGGACUCGGAGCCCGAGGAGCAGCAAUUUGAUUUGGAGCAACAGCAACUUAAUAGCACAGCAGCAGCAGCAGCAGCAACUGUUGGUAUUGCACAGGAGCUGCAACAUUGCCUAAGUGCCAUUGAGGCGGAUCCGCUGCAGUUGCUACAGUGCGAUAGUUACUAGGUGCCAACAACACAGCAACAACAGCAAUAGUUGCCUCGGCAACAGCAGCAGCAGCAGCGGGGGCAACUGGCAGUGUUGCAGUUGCAACUGCCGCCACAGCAGCAUUUGAGCUGCACGCCACUAAGCAAUGGUGGAGGUGCUCUGUACGCCAUCAGCAGUGUGCAUCAGUUUGGUCCCGCCAGCAAUAGCUCCAGUUGCGCAGGCGCUCAUUCCUCGCCAGACAGUGGACGCAGCAGCGGCUGCUCCUCCACCAGCAGCUCCAACUCAAACGCCGUCUCCUCAUCCUGCUCAUCAUCAUCGUCCUGUGCAUCUACAGCAGCAGCAACAACAACAUCCGCGUCAGCAGUCAGCUCCUCCUCCAGUCACGCGGCAACAUCUACAACUGUUGCGCAUUUAAAACAACAACAACAGCAGCAGCAACUACAACAACAGCAGCAGCAGCAGCAGCAACAACACCAACAGCAACAACAGCAGCAGCAGCAGCAGCAGCAAUUUGGCAUUGUUGACUCCAGCAACGGCAGCAGCAGCAAUAGCAACGGCAACAGCAACGGUGUCUCCUCCAAAUCGUUUGUGCCCUGCAAAGUCUGUGGCGACAAGGCAUCUGGUUAUCAUUAUGGUGUAACCUCUUGCGAGGGUUGCAAGGGAUUCUUUCGUCGCAGCAUACAAAAGCAAAUUGAAUAUCGCUGCCUGCGUGACGGCAAGUGUCUGGUCAUCCGGCUGAAUCGGAAUCGUUGCCAAUAUUGUCGCUUCAAGAAAUGCCUAUCGGCUGGCAUGAGCCGUGACUCUGUACGUUAUGGUCGUGUACCCAAGCGUUCACGUGAGCUGAACGGCGGAGCAGCAGCAGCAGCCGCUGUCACGGUAGCAGCCAGCACAUCCUACAGCAGUACGGAUGAGUCUAGUGCCAAUCAAAUACAACAACAACAACAACAACAGCAACAACAACAGACGCAUGCAAGCAGCGUACGUGUGAAUACGCCAAGUACACCACAAACGCCACAAAUGUGUUCGAUAGCAUCGUCGCCAACGGAGCUGGGCGGUUGCAAUAGUGCCAACAAUAAUAAUAAUAGCAGUGGAAAUAACAAUAGCAAUGCCACAGCAGUAGUGGGAGGCAAUCAUCAUCAGCAAUUGGUGGGCAUGGGCAGCGAUAUGACCAUGUCACAGGUGGCCAUGUGCCAUCAGCAAACGGAUCAUCAUGAUGGCAUUGCUGCCACAGCCAAUGAACUGACUGUCUACGAUGUGAUUGUGUGCGUCUCGCAGGCGCAUCGCCUCAACUGCUCCUACACGGAGGAGCUCACACGUGAGCUAAUGCGCAGACCAGUAACCGUGCCACACAAUGGGAUUGUAACCACUGUGGCAGAGAGCUUGGAGUUCCAGAAGAUCUGGCUGUGGCAACAGUUUUCGGCACGCGUUACGCCCGGCGUGCAGCGCAUUGUGGAGUUCGCCAAGCGCGUGCCCGGAUUUUGUGAUUUCACGCAGGACGAUCAACUGAUACUCAUCAAGCUGGGCUUCUUCGAGGUAUGGCUGACGCAUGUGGCGCGUCUGAUAAACGACACAACGCUCACGCUGGACGAUGGCGCCUAUCUGACACGCCAGCAGCUCGAGAUACUCUACGAUGCGGACUUUGUUAAUGCGCUGCUAAACUUUGCCAACACACUCAAUGCCUAUGGGCUGAGCGACACUGAGAUUGGUCUGUUCUCCGCCAUGGUCUUGCUGGCCACAGAUCGCGCUGGUCUGAGCGAGCCCAAGGUUAUAGCUCGUGCUCGGGAGCUGGUGGCGGAGGCUUUGCGGGUGCAGAUACUGAGAUCACGAGCUGGCUCAACGCAGGCGCUGCAGCUGAUGCCUGCGCUGGAGGCUAAGAUACCAGAGCUACGUUCGCUGGGCGCCAAGCACUUCUCACAUCUGGACUGGCUGCGAAUGAACUGGACCAAGCUGCGUCUGCCGCCGCUCUUUGCCGAAAUCUUCGACAUACCCAAGGCAGAUGAUGAGCUGUAGACAAAUCAGACAGAAACGGUGACGGAGACAGAGACAGAGAGAGAAAGAGAGUGACAGCGAGAACAACAACAACAACAAAACAAUAUUUCAGCAACUUGUAUGUUUAAGUAAUUAGCAUUAAACACGCAUGCAUACUUUGAACUAUAACUAAUCGACAUGGUUAGGCAAGGCAGCAAUUUAUCAUUUUACAAGCGAUACAGAUACUUAGUUAACUAAAGCUACAAUUACAACUACAACUAAAGCUAAAGCUAAAGUAAUGCAUUAAAUAUUUAGCAAUGUUCACUGAUGUUCGUCUCCACGCAUUCAAAGACUUUGCAAAAAAAAAUCAUUUUAUUAUUAUAAUUAUUAUUUUUUUGUUUUGUGUAAAUCGAAAGAACAUAUCCCCCGCGCAAACAUAAAAUUUAUUUAUUUCAUUGUCAAACUCAUCAACUCGCCCACAACCCCACUGUACUUUCUUAUCCUACAAUUCCUCAACAAGUCCUCACAACAUUUCAAAAACCAAACACAUGAGAGAAAAUAAAAAAAAAAAGAAUCAUUAAAAAAUCUCGACUGAAGUGCGAGCGUUCAAGUUCGAAAAAUACUGGUUAUUAUUAUUUUUU